CUCGGGUGCAAAUGCUGUUGUACAGUGAAAGAAAUAUCACUGAAUCACAGAUCAUCAUGUGGAUACAUCUAGUAUGCCUGUCUGUUGUAUGAAGAUUCAGCAUUUUGUUAGAAGCAGCAAAAUAAUCCGAUAGCACUGCGAUAUGAAUGAUUAUGCGUCCAAGCGACUGAACUGAGCAAACAGAUAAGAUGAUGCAGAUGGAGAGGACUUAGUCUUGGCCUGGUUUAACCCAGCGGGGAACAGCACGCUCCGGGUUUAUCUCCAGCAUGGAUCCACUUGACAAGCCUAGAAUCGAGAACUUAAUCUUCUAUCUUACAGUGCCACUGUCUUCAAUCAUCAUCCUGGCAAACCUCUUCAUCAUAGUGGGCAUAGCCUGCAACCGUCAGCUACACAACACUCCCAACUACUUUUUCCUGAGCCUGCUGGUGGCUGAUCUUUUCACAGGGAUCGCCCUGCCGUUUAUUCCUCGCAUGUCGCUUGACCGCAAGCUAGAUUUCAAGAAUUGCUUGCUGAUCUACAUAUUACCCAACUUUUUGUUUCUGUCUUUCCUCUUUAAUCUAGUCAUGGUGCAUUAUGAGCGCUACCUGUGCAUAGUCAGUCCACUGCACCACAGUCAGUUUUGGGUCCAUCGCUGCUUUCCCAUGGCUUUGUUAAUCGUUUGGAUCCCACCAUUGCUUUACGCAUCACUUCCUGCGUUUGGCUGGAAUAACUGGGUGGAGCCUAAUGCAAACAAGAGCUCGGACUUAAACGAGACAGUUGGGAACUACACCGGAGGGAAUGAGGUUUGCUCCUACAAGCAGGUGUUUCCCGAAACGUUUAUUUAUUUGGAAGUGUAUGGAUUGGUGCUUCCGGCCAUGCUGUCCAUCGCAGGCAUGACGGGCCGGGUGUUGUAUAUAGCACGCAAGCAAGUGAAAAACAUUUGUAAGCUUCAGCGUGCCGUCGACCGUCUACAGCAGCAGUCGGACCAUGAGCAACAGCUCAACAUGCGUUACGCCAAAUGCGUGGCCGCCGUGUCUCUCACGUUCCUGGUCUGCUGGGUGCCGUACAUCAUUUACCAGCUGAUAGCUAUGACGGCCCUGCAGAGCGGUGUAAGCUCGUCCAGCUCUACUUUAUACAUUAUCAUGUCCUGUACAGGCAUCGGCGGCAUGACCGUCAUUCCAAUGAUACUGGGGCUGGCCAACAAGCAGUACACAGAGCCCAUCAGCAGACUUAUGUGUAAGCUGAGAAACCGCAACAGAGCUGGACAAAACAGCAGAGAUAUUGCACUUUGAAGAGUUAAUGUUUCAAUUGAAUGUGUAUUUGACUGUUAACUCAGCAGUCCUUUUGUGAAUGAAAUGUUUCAUAAAAUAUAAGAACAAAACACUUUUUAUGCCGUCCAGUUGUCUGUCUGUCUGUAUGCCUGCCUGCCAGUCUGUCUAUCUACUGUCUGUCUGUCAGUCAGUCAGUCAGUCGGUCUGUGUGUGUGUGUGUGUGUGUGUGUGUGUGUGUGUGUGUGUGUGUGUGUGUGUGUGUGUGUGUGUGUGUGUGUGUGUGUGUGUGUGUGUGUGUGUGUGUGUGUGUGUGUCUGUCUGUCUGUCUGUCUGUCUGUCUAUCUAAUAUGUCUGUCUGUCUGUCUGUAUACCUUUCUGCCAGUCUGUCUGUCUAAUGUUUGUCUGUCUGUCAAUCAGUCAGUUGUCUGUGUGUGUGUGUGUGUGUGUGUGUGUGUGUGUGUGUGUGUGUGUGUGUGUGUGUGUGUGUGUGUGUGUGUGUGUGUGUGUGUCUGUCUGUCUGUCUGUCUGUCUGUCUGUCUGUC